AGGACAGUAAACAAGAUUUAGAGAGGGAUGAAAAAGAGAUCUAAAGGCUGCUUACUUGAUUGUUUGAAAAAUGUUAAAUCAGCUCCUUGAUGCAACUGGGGAUAGCUGGGGGAAAAAGCAUAUUAUUGUAGAAUCUUUAAAAUUGUUUGAGGAAGAGGAUAUUGAUCUACGCUUUGUUUCAUAUAUGAUGAAAAUAAAUGAAAAUGAUCGAUACUACAGCAGUAAACCUUACAUUUUGUUUUUCAAUGAAAAGAUACCCACCAUGGAAGCCGAUGAAAACUUCCAAAAAUAUGCUCGGUAUACCUGCCGUCGAUUCGUGACUGCAAUGGAAAAUUCGAAUACGGAAGAUCAAGAAAAGUUUGGAAAACGGAUCAAGCAUUUAUUUUCAGUUUUCAUCCGUCGAUUGGAGCAUUAUGUAUUUGACGUGUGGCUCUUGAAAGAGUUACGGAAAUCAUUAUUUGAAUACUUGUUAGAUGAAGAGACACACGAAUUAUACGAAGAGAAAAGAGUCUAUCAUUUACUUCGAUUGAACAUGGCAAAACUGAAGGCGAAGAAGAAAGUCGUAGCUCAAAAGUUAGCAAGCGAAUUAGAGACGUUGAUGGAGAAUUAUGAAUUACAUUCUGUUCGAAAGGAGCCGUCAAUGGACUCCAGCUUGCAACUCUUUGAAAAGAUUAAAGACCAUCCUAUUUUUGGUUAAUUGUUUGCAUUUUGCUCUUUCUAUUUUUAUUAUAAAGAUACCUCCACUUUUAU